AUGAGAAAGACACAGACAGAUGGAUGGGAUCUGAUGAGGAGGAUUACUCCCGUCUGGACGGAUACAGAGGAGGAAAGACCCAAAACCAAAGUUUGGUGGUUUCGAGGUCCCCACCAUCAACGAGCUGUGAGAUACGUACUGGAGAUCGGUGCAAGGUCUCCCCAGGCACUGCCGUCUUCUCUGGGGGCUCUGGGCCUCUUGCGCAUCACUUUUUGCCAUCCAAGUCGUCGUCAUGCCUGCUCCAGAAUCAACGCCGCGACACUUGUACCUGGUCUGAACAACUCGCCGCAGCAAAAGGACCGACGAGCAUACCUUCAUCGGCCCAACGCAAAUCGAGGACCCUUUCCACCGCCUUUCAUUGCAAGGGUCUCUAACAACUUGCCCGAAAACAAACCGACGAACAGCCACACUCAUUUGCGCCAUCCUCCGCGAGAUAGAUCUCCAAGAAGCGCUACCAGCAGAGUAUCAAGGUUAAUCAAAGCCACCGGCAACGUCCGGCAUUCGCAAGGCCAAAGACUACCGCCGCCGCUACGUGACCUCGACUCCGUACCGCGGUCAGUAACUCUCCUCGCACCACGCACUCGGAGAGGCGCAGACAAGCCCACUCGACCCGAACCCUUGCCAGGCGCCGCCGUCUCCCUCCUCUCACACGCCGAGACGCUCGAUACUUGGGGCGUUCCAAUCACCCCGCCAAAACUUCUCCAACGUUCGUCUGGCCCGUCCGACCUUGCCUUACCCUUCCCCUCCGAGCGUCACUUCCAGGCUGCAGCUCAACUAGGCCCUGCGCAUCCGUACCUAUUUCUUCCAAACUCCCGCCGCUUGCCCCCCGAAACAUACGCGCACAGCUUCCCGCAUUGCUGUCAUUCCAUUCACCGAACCUUAACUCUUUUCCACAGACAAUCCGCCCAUCGUCCAUUCACUUCAGUCGUUCACGGCCGCUUUGCGAUAUCUUGCGACGUUCAUAUCAGCGUCUCUUCUGGACAUCCGACCACUCCGCUUCGACUCGGGCGCUUUCCCCCUUUGUCCGUCAUAGGACCCCUAGAUCCGUGCUUCCGACGCAAGUCUCUCGUCCCCUCGCGGCUCAGCGCUCCUCCGUCCGCAGGUUCCGCGACCGCAAAGAUGAAGGCCAUGAAGGGGCUUAGUGUGAAUCGGAUGAUGAGUACGCUCAAGAAGCGAACGACGAAUAACUUCAGUGGAUCCAGCCAAGUGUCGGCAUCGCCAGUAGACCCGCAGAACGAGACGCCCGAAGCUACGGCUGCGCGUAGCGUGAAACAAUUUUGCGAAUCUGGAGGCCCCAAUGCUCAGGGCGACGAAGUCCUCUACCUCCCGCCCAUUGUCGAUGCCGCUGAGUCUUCUCCGGCCGCGGCCGCCGAAUGCGCGCGCAUCAUCCGGAAAUACCUAGCCAAGGAUAACCACGCCAAAGCCUCGUGGCAGUACAAUGCCAUCAUGCUGAUUCGCAUCCUUACCGACAAUCCCGGCCCCACGUUCACGCGGAAUAUGGACAAGAAGUUCGCCGAUACCGUCAAGGAGUUAUACCGUACUACGCACGAUCCCAGUGUCAGACAGAUGCUAUCCGAGACAUUGGAUACUUUCGAGGCUACCAAGUUUGACGAUCAGGGUCUGGGCGAGUUGAUCUCUAUGUGGAAGAAGGAAAAGGAACGAAGCUACAAGCAAUAUGGCAAUCCCAGACAGUCUAUGGCUGGCCCCGAUCCUCGGACUAUGAAUGCGCCGCCAUUCAAUCCCCACUCGCAGAAUUAUUUUGCAAGAAAUCACACCAAUCGAAGCUUGCCUACCCCCGUUGAGCUUGCAAGUAGGUUAGAGGAGGCGAGAACAUCUGCAAAGUUACUUUCUCAGGUUGUCGUCAACACCCCUCCCCAGGAGGUCAUCAACAAUGACCUGAUCAAGGAGUUCGCGGACAGAUGCCAGAGUGCUUCGAGAAGUAUACAAUUGUACAUGACUGCCGAAAACCCGUCUCCCGACAAUGAGACUAUGGAGCACCUGAUUGAUACGAACGAGCAACUACAAUCAGCGCUCAACCAGCAUCAGAGAGCCGUUCUGGGCGCUCGGAAGCAGCUCGGAAUCGACCCGAGGUCAGAUAAUGCUAGCCCCGUGAGCCCCCAGACGGCCGAGUCUCAGCAAGCGAGUCGGACCCAAGAAUGGACGCAAGCCCAGGCCCAGUCGUCAUCUUCUAGUUCGACCCCUCCUCUGCCGACAAGGCCGUCCGAAGGAAGCGGAAAGGGCAAGGCAUCAGAAACCUUCGCCCCACCCCCGGGACCGCCCCCGAAAGCGCAACCGCAAUACGGGGCCGAGGACCCAUUCAGAGACCCCCAGCCGGAGAUCCACUACUCUUCAUCGAGCAGACCCGGAGGGUCCGGUGGUGCGGUGGAACUACCGGGCGAGGAGCCGCGGCUGGCUCAUGAGCCAUUCCAUCCAGGCUUCAACCCCACUCCAAGCUACCUUGGAAGACAAGACAGCGCUCUUGGCAAAAUCACGAUGCAUGGCGCCGACGAAGCCACUACGCCUGGACCUCUCAGCGGUAACCCGAUUCAGACUGUCGACCUCAGGAACAGGCAAGAGACACUGCAUGAGGACUCGGAUGAUGACCUUUACGAAUCAACCCCGAAGAGUUCCAAGAAGAAGGACCCGGUGUACAGGUACUAG